ACGUGGUCAGGGUCACAUCGAUUCAGCCGAUCAAACGUUACUUGAGAGGAGCAACAUGACCGUCGUGCUAGUGUCUCUGAUUCUCGGGGCGUUUAUAGCCCUUUACUUUUAUUUGACGCGAAAUUACAAGUACUGGCAAAAACGUGGAAUUCCAUGUGUAGAUGGAGCUUUGCCAGGGUUCGGUAACAUGCUAUCGGUGAUCUGCAUGAAGACGCACAUCGCCGAUUUCUGUUACAAAAUCUAUAAGGAUAAUAAGGGUCACAGCAUGGUGGGGAUCUAUGACUUUACAUCACCGUCGUUAAUAAUCAUGGAUCCGGCACUAGUGAAAAUGGUACUGCAAACCAAUUUUACAAGUUUUGCCGAAAAUGCUGUUCACAUUAAUAAAGAAACAGACAGCCUCUUGUCAUAUAAUCCCUUUGUUCUGUCCGGUGAGAAGUGGUUAAACAGCAGAAAGCGAUUGACAUACGCAUUUUCCAGCAUGCGACUGAAGAUGCUGCUCGAAAACGUUAAAAAGGUGUGUGUAACAAUGGAGAAUUACAUGGACAGAAAGUUGAGCAACAAAGAGACAGAGUUCGAAUUGAAGACCUUAUUUUCCAAAUACUCCGCGCAGGUAGUAGCUGCUGCUGGCUUCAGCGUAGAUGGAUACUGUUUUGAUGACGACAAAAAAGAUAUAUCUUUCAGAAAACUUGGACAAGCCAUCUUCAAACCAUCCAAACGAAGUACAAUUAUCUUCGCUCUCAUAUUUCUCAUUCCGUCGUUAAAUAAAAUCUUGAAACAAAACCUCAUUCCGAAGCACGUCGAAAAUUUUUUCAGGACAUUGGUUGCAGAACUCAUGGAGCAAAGGAGAAAGGAUGGAAUACCUAGAAACGAUUUUCUCCAUUUGAUGGCUGAAUUGGAGCGAGCAGAAGGCGAUAAAUUCGAUAACGAAAUGCUCACGGGUCAGGCAAUGUCGUAUGUUGUCGAUGGCUAUGAGACGUCUAGCAGUAUUAUGAGCUUCGUCGGAUUUUAUUUGGCUAGUUACCCAAAAAUACAAGAGAAAUUACACGAGGAAGUGAUAUCCGUGCUCAACAAAUAUAAUAGUGAGGUCACGUUUGAAGGCUUGAGGGAGAUGACAUACAUGGACCAGGUCAUCAAUGAAACGAUGAGGAUGAUACCCGGAACAUUGUUGAUGAAGAAACGUUGCACUGAAGAAUUCGAACUGAAAGGGUCCGAUGGAGUUGUCUGUCGCGUGCCACUUGGAAUGGAGAUUUUGAUACCAGUUCAAGCUCUCCACAAAGAUCCUCAAUAUUGGGAAAAUCCCGAAGAGUACGAUCCUGAAAGAUUCAACUCGGACAGAAAAAGUAAUAUCGAUAGGUUCACCUUUCUUCCAUUUGGCGAAGGCCCGCGAAUUUGUGUGGGCAUGAGAAUGGCCCAGCUGCAGAUGAAGGCAGGUUUGGCUAUGAUUGUGAAAAAAUACAAGAUGGAACUGUCCCCGAAGACGCAAAUGCCUUUAAAGUUGAUUCCUGGAAGCAUAUUACCAACACCAAAAGGCGGUCUGUGGGCUUAUUUUCGGCACCUUUAAAUACGAAUAGCUUCUUUUAAUUUUUUUUCAAGUUUUUAAUCAUGCAUAUUU